CAAACAGGGGGCGGAGCUUGAAGGGGGGAAGGUGAAGAGUGUUUGAAGGUGUUGAGGAGAUCCAACAAGUGUCAUGCGGCUCUGAAGGCUACUAACAGAUGCCGGUGUGUGAGUGAGCGUGCGUGGAUGUAUGUGUACUCGCAGCCAUGGACGGCGUGUUGGAUGGCGUGUCCAUGCUGUGCGUCUUCAAACUGGUGUGCAGUCUCCUCUUCCUGCCCUCGCUGGCCACCUCCCGCAGUCCCAUCGGCUUCUGCGGCUGCUGCAUCCUCUUCUUCACCGACUUCAUGGUCACAGUCUUCGUGAGCUUCCUGAGCCUCUUCUCGUCAUGGCUGACGGAGAUGAGUCUUCCUCCCGACGUCAUCGCCCUGCGCUUCCUGCUCUUCCUCAGUCACACCUACGGUGCUGUCCUGCUGCUGACCACGCCCCUCCUCACCGUGGAGACCCUGGUCAGACUCCUGCGGCCCGCGGCAAAGCACCCGAGCGAGGCCGCCCCCGGGGAGGCGGGCGAGGACGCGAAGGCCUGGCGGUCCCGGGCCACCAGCUACGCCUGCUGCCUGGCCGUGUGGGUGGCGGUGGCGCUCAGCGUGCAGUGUCGCUGGCGGCCGGAGGAGGCGAGGCAGACGGCGUGUUUGCGGGCCCGCGGCUCCUUGCUGAGGUGUCUGCCCAACCUGCUCAGCCCCGUGCCCAGCACCGUGCACCCCUGCUGGGGUAUGGCCUUCCUCUACCUGCUGCUGCUCAUUCUCCUCUCCUCCCGCCUGCACAGCUGCAACACCCUCACGGAGCCUCCUCACCAUGACGAGUCCGACCACCCUCUGGCGCUGGCCUGCGAGGAGCCGCCGCUCUUGUUCAUCGUGGUGGAGUCGCAGCACCCUCGCGCGGGGGUCCCCCACCCGGGGGUGAACGUGACCAUCGCCCUGGCGGCCGUGCUCGCCACCUUUGUGCUGCCGCUCUACCUGGGCGUCAACAUCCUGCUGCUCAGGAGCGUGGAGGCCCUGCUGGACGUGGGCGUGCGCUUGCUGCUCUUCUCCACGCCGCCCGCCCCCCGGGGUCACGUCACGCUCGUAUGACAAGGGGAUUAUUAUCAUUAUUACGGGAUUAAUGACGUGUGCGCGGUAAGUCAACACUGCUUAAUGACGGCUACUCACAUGGGGAGAAGCUGCUGAGUGGGCAAGUUGCGGCACGACGAGCUCGUUAUUUCUCGCCGCUCCUCGGGGGGCAAAUAAUCCUCUAAUGAGGCGUGGCCGUGAAAACUAUCAGGGAGGGGCGAAGCAAUUCAAUGACACUGAUUGGUCGGUUUAAACAGGAGGGCGGGGCCAAAGUGGUUCCACUCAGGUGUUUAAAAUGAGGCACGAAAGUUCCUAUGAAAGGGUUUUUUUUUUUUUUUUGGAAGGUUUUAACACCGGAGAAUCUGAUUGGUUGGAUGACACAGGAAGGCGGGGCCAAUGUGGUUCGACUCAGGUGUUUAAAAUGAGGCACAAAAGUUUUUUUUUGGGAAGGUUUUAACACCGGAGACUCUAUUAGGUGAUUAGGUGUAAAAAAAAACAAUAACGCCAGAACAUUUAAAGUGUAAAAAAAAUGUACAUACAUUUGUAUUAAAAUAAAGUGUUUUUUUGGCAGGUAUUUCGUUUUUUUUCCUGAAAUAUUUAAAGGGGAACUGCACUUUUUUUCCGGAAUUGUGUCUACCAUUCACAAUACAUAGUAGACAAAAUGUUUAUUAGGGAGGAGCGAAACAACUCAAAAGGCACUGAUUGGUCGGUUUAAACAGGAGGGCGGGCCAAAGUGGUUCCACUCAGGUGUUUAAAAUGAGGCACGAAAGUUCCUAUGAAAGGGUUUUUUUUUUUUUUUGGAAGGUUUUAACACCGGAGACUCUGAUUGGUUGGAUGACACAGGAAGGCGGGGCCAAUGUGGUUCGACUCGGGUGUUUAAAAUGAGGCACACAAGUUUUUUUUGGGAAGGUUUUAACACCGGAGAAU